CCCUAAACAAAAACAACGCUCUUGCAACUCCUCACUCUCUUACUUUUAACAACAAAAACAAAAAAAAAGACUAAAAUGGGCGGACACGGAUACAUUGGAACUUGGGGAAACAUGGGUGGACCCACUCAGCGUGGUGUUGUCACCUACAUCUUGUCUCCCUUUGAGCAGAAGCCCUUUGCUGGUGCCGCUUACAAUGCUGUCUUCAACACCAGCCGUCGUGUCGCUUCCCAGAUUCCCUACGUCGGCACUGCCUUUGCUCUCGGCUACUACAUCUACACCAGCAUGAACGCCAAGCACGCCUAUCUCACCUCCAAGGCUGGCCAUGCUGAGCACGGUGACCAUUAAAGGAUUCUUUUUAUUAUAUUAUUAUCCUUAAAGAAUAACAGCAUAAUCACAUCUGCUUUAACAACCAACAACAACAACAACAACAACAACAACAACAACAACAAUAAAUACAACAACGACACCAAUGACGACGACGAAAAGAGGAAAUAAUAUUAAUAAUAUUAAUAUUAUUAUCAUCAUUUGUUCGAAUAAAUAUAUAUAUAUAUAUAUAAUAUU